GGCGGGGAAAAGGUCCGGACCCGCAUCUAAUACCAUCUAAUGCUCGGGGCGCCCUGCGCCCCGCCCGGAACCGAGCGCGCCGGCGCCCAUAGUGCCAGCGGGGAGGCGCGGCGGCGGCUGGCGGAAGGGCAGGGUAGUCAAGCCUCACCCUGCCUGUCAGCGAGGGCGCCUACGAGCGCGUGGUGUUUUGCUUGGCUCUGUGGGGCUUCCGGGCGUGGGCAGCAACCUGCUAGUGCUCGUCAUCUACCUCAAGUUACCGCGGCUCCGCAGCCCCGCCCGCCUCCUCCUGCUCCACGUCAGCCUCGGCGAUCUGCUACCGUCCGUCCUCCAGGCCGCGCUGGCUUUCGCGUUCCCCCUGAGGGGCAGCAGGGUGCGGGGGGGCACCACGAUCGGCGAGUGGGACAACGAGUGGGCUUCAGCAGCAGUCUGUGAGGGGAUCUUCUCAACCCAGGGAUGGAACCUGUGUCUCCUGCAUUGACCAGCGGAUUCUGGAGUAAAUUCCAAACAUUGUGCUUCUAGAGCAGAAUUCCAGUCACAAAUGCAUAUGUGAUACAUUUUGACAUUCACUGCUAAGAUGAAACACAGAAAUGAACACCAUAUACUUGUUUUAUUAUUCUCAGAUAUGAUUAGAUGUACUUUAUCAUGGUUUUAUGCUACUGACCUAUAAGAAAAUAAUACUAAAACAGGAUAGCAGUUGAAUACCUGGGACCUGCAACUUCAGUAUUUCUGGGAUGAUCUGUACUAUCACAAGGAGAGAUUUUAUUACAGCGUAGUCACACCUUCUCUGAACCCUCAGCCCAGAUUCAUACACAUUUUCUUCAUUAGAAGUUGUCACCAGACACUUUUCCAGGAUGGCCAACAGUCUCCCAACAGAAUUUGAUGUGAUAGUGAUGGGGACAGGUCUGCCUGAAUCCAUCCUUGCCGCUGCAUGUUCCAGAAGUGGUCAAAGGGUUCUGCAUCUCGAUUCAAGAAGUUACUAUGGGGGAAACUGGGCUAGUUUCAGCUUUCCAGGCUUGCUGUCCUGGUUGAAAGAACAUCAGCAAAACAGUGACACUGAAGAAGAAAGCCCUGCUGCAUGGCAAGACAUGAUCCAUGAAGCAGAAGAGGCCAUCCCUCUUUGCAAGAAGGAUGAAACCAUUCAACACGCCGAAGUUUUUUGUUAUGCCAGUCAGGGCAUGGAUGGCCAUAUUGAAGAGCUUGAUGCUCUGCAGAAAAAUCCUUCUUGUGUAGCAUCUAGUACCCUCAUAAAACCUCUGGAUUCUGCAUGCCUGUCUGAGGAAACACACUCAUCACACAUUACUAGCUAUGAAGUGCCUACACAAGACACUCCAAAAAACAAUGAAGAAAUAACUGAUACGGCAGAAACUUCUGUGAAAGAAGAAUAUUGUGGGUAUGAUACUUAUAAACACACAGUUUCCGAUGGCACUAAAGAUGAAAUCAAACCUGUACUGGAAGACAACAGCGUGCCACCAAAGAGAAAGAGGAUUGCUUACUCUCAAAUAGUUAAAGAAGGCAGGAGGUUUAAUAUUGAUCUGUCAUCGAAGCUGCUUUAUUCUAAAGGACUGUUAAUUGAUCUGUUAAUCAAAUCAAAUGUUAGUCGUUAUGCUGAAUUUAAAAAUGUCACUAGGAUUCUUGCAUUUCGAGAAGGAAAAGUAGAGCAGGUGCCUUGUUCCAGAGCAGAUGUCUUUAAUAGCAAAGAGCUCACUAUGGUUGAAAAGAGGAUGCUAAUGAAAUUUCUUACAUUUUGUUUAGAUUAUGAACAACAUCCUGAGGAAUACCAAGCUUUCACACAAUGCUCAUUUUCAGAGUACUUGAAAACCAAAAAAUUAACCCCCAGCCUCCAACAUUUUAUACUUCACUCGAUUGCCAUGAUGUCAGAAUCAUCUUGCACUACAGUAGAUGGCCUUAAAGCAACAAAAAACUUUCUUCAGUGUCUUGGACGGUUUGGCAACACUCCCUUUUUAUUUCCCUUAUAUGGCCAAGGCGAAAUUCCCCAGUGUUUCUGCAGGAUGUGUGCAGUUUUCGGUGGAAUAUAUUGUCUUCGCCAUAAAGUACAAUGCCUUGUAGUUGACAGAGAAUCUGGAAGAUGUAAAGCAAUUAUAGAUCACCUUGGUCAAAGGAUAAAUGCUAAAUAUUUCAUUGUGGAAGAUAGUUACCUGUCUGAGGAAACAUGUUCGAGUGUGCAGUACAAGCAAAUAUCCAGGGCAGUGCUCAUUACAGAUCAAUCUGUCCUAAAGACAGAUUCAGAUCAGCAGAUUUCCAUUUUGAUAGUACCUCCGGUGGAACCAGGAGCACAUGCUGUCCGAAUCACUGAAUUGUGUUCUUCAACCAUGACAUGCAUGAAAGACACCUACCUGGUACAUCUGACCUGUUCAUCUUCCAAAACAGCAAGAGAAGACUUAGAAUCAGUGGUGAAGAAAUUAUUCACCCCAUAUUCUGAGACAGAAGUAAACAAGGAAGAACUUCCAAAGCCAGGACUCUUGUGGGCUCUUUAUUUUAACAUGAGAGAUUCCUCGGGAGUCAGCCGAAGUUCAUAUAAUGGCUUGCCUCCCAAUGUUUAUGUCUGCACUGGGCCUGACUGUGGACUCGGAAGUGAGCAUGCCGUCAAGCAAGCUGAAACACUCUUCCACGAGCUCUUUCCAAGUGAAGAAUUCUGCCCCCCACCUCCAAAUCCGGAAGACAUUUUCUUUGACGGUGAUGAAAAGCCAUCAGAGCCUCUUGGAACCAAUAAUAUAGUAAUGGCCAAACUAGAAUCCUCUGAGGGAAGCAAAAACCUAGAUAGUUCAGGGAAGCACCUUCAAAAUUAGAAAAAAAAAAAAAAACAAACUGGAAAUGCUACUUUGGGCCUUCAUCCUGGCAUCAGAAUAUUCUCAUUUAAAGGACAGUUUUCCUGUAUGAGUAAUUAGAUGUGGUUAUAUGAUGAAUGCCAUGCAGAUGUUGUCUAUAAUUCUCUUUGUGACUUUCAGUCAUUGGAUGCCUUUGUUAACCUAUCAAUGACUGAUGUAUUGGUUAUUGGACUUGUUUUUGUUUCAGAAUGGGCUCCAUGACCCAGAAUUAGCUUUAGUUUAGUACUGGGUAUAUAUGUGAGCGUUCCGUGUUAGCAAUGGUGCUUAAAGGAAGAUGAUAUUAUAUCUGCUGAUGAUCUUCAAAUUUUAUUAUUGUCUAUAGAACGGUGAUAUUUAAGGAAUAUUUAAAUUAUUUUUACAGCUAUUACAGUUGCUGCCACCUCUGAGUAGUGAAACACACACAGAGGAAAUUACGUGGGUCUUUUGUUUAUAAUAUAAACAUACAGAUAUGGUGGCAGCAAUAGCAACUAAUGCAAGUGCCAAUGUGAUAAAAUAUGUUUGUAAUUAUUGGAGGAAUAUUUUGCAUGAUCUUUUAUUUGUGAAGGUGAUGUUUAGAAUGCAUCUUGCAGUUUAAUUCUCCUGCUUGACCCUUGUAACCAAUGAGGCAGUGAUGUCAUCCCAGUCUUAUACAUUGGAAAGAGUCAGAGAGUUCAGUUAGUAGUUGCAAAGCUCAUUCUUGGGAGGUUUGGUCCAAAGAAAAUCUAGGGGGAAAGAUUAGUUCUGGUUCAAUACUUGAGAAAAUUUAUGCAGAGCACUGCUCUGGCACCUAGAAGAAAAGAACUUCUAAGUAAUUCAGGCUAAAGAAAAAAUAAACUGCUCCAGGAAAAGAUAUUUCAGAAUGCCUGUUCUGAAACUGCUAAGGAGAAACUGGGUGAAGCAUUUUUAACCUGGGAAUACAGAUGGUUUUAAAAAUCCAUCUGUGAGUAGAUUUCCCAAGAUUUCACAAUGAAAGUGAAGUAUACCAUUUUGUUGGCCCCACCACUUUAAUUAGUAACACUACAGUUGUUAGUAAAUCAGAGGAAGCUUUACCAUGCCCCUUUGGAUGUGUCCCAGCAAGUAACAAGGUGGACGCCUUCAUAAUCAGCUCCUGCCUCUUAGCUGUUAUCUAGAAGAUAGAAACAUUUUUUUCCAGAACCACCAGAAGUUAUAAAGCUGCUUAUAUUCUAGCAGGGCAAGCUUGUGGAACUGUCAGAAGAAGUAAACUUCCUUCCUAAGUCACCAUUUCCAUUACUCAGACAGAGAAUGAUAAUCGUAUAGGAAAUAAGCCCUUUAAUUACGAUUUUUUGCCUGGGAACAGAGCAUUUACUAUGUGCUAUGCACUCCAGUACUCUUGCCUGGCAAAUCCCAUGGACGGAGGAGCCUGGUGGGCUGCAGUCCAGGGGGUCGCUAGGAGUCUGACACCACUGAGUGACUUCACUUUCA